UCGGGAGUCGGAAUGGAGAAGAUCUGCAAAAGGCGAUGUGCAGUUACAGUGCAAGAACCCGUGCCGGCGCAACUAUGAAAUAUGGCUUCAGAUAACGGUGUGCAGCCAUUGGGUGGGUCCUCCUCCCCCACCCUUGGGCCCCCAAGCCACGGCACGAUUUCACACAUGGACGUUCAGGGGUACAGGUACGUGUGCUGGCGCGUGUGGCUGUGCCAUGUUGGGAGCGUUCUGUCUGUGGGACUGCUGCUGGCGUUGUUCAACUGGCGCCCCCGUCUGGGAGUGCUCGCUCGCUGCAGACCCUGUCCGCUGGGCCUGGCGGACACUCUGCUCAUAAGGGACAGCUUUGGUCAGCAGUUUGUUGUUGAGGUGCUGACAGAAGAGAUUGAGGAAAACAGUUUGGAGCAGCAGGGAGCUGAAUUUGAAGAGAAUGAAUGGAGGGACACAGUACAGCUCCACAAAGAUGAGAAAGCACUGCUGCGGUACUAUGUGUAUGAGGGGCUGCGCUAUGUGUGGAUGCCGAAGAAGGGUGCCUUUUGCCGGGUCAGUGUCCUGAGCCAGGACUGGACCUGCGAUGACCUGUACCACCAGCUAGGAGGGCUGAGUCGCCAGGAGCAGAGUGCUAGGAGGAAAUUGUACGGGCACAACCUGAUUGAUGUGCCAGUGAAAUCCUAUCCGCGACUGCUGUUUGAGGAGGUGCUCAACCCCUUCUACAUAUUCCAGGUGUUCAGCAUUAUCCUGUGGAUGUCAGAUAACUACUACUACUAUGCAGCCUGCAUCUUGUUCAUAUCCCUCAUCUCCAUUGCAGUCUCGCUUUACGAGAUCCGCAAGCAAAGCAGCACACUCCGCAGCAUGGCACGACUGGUCGUGAAUGUGACUGUGCGCAGAGACACAGGGGAGGAGGACACUGUGAGCUCCGAGGAGCUGGUCCCUGGGGACUGUAUAGUGAUACCAGAGGCAGGGCUGCUGCUGCCCUGUGACGCCGCCCUGCUGGCCGGGGAGUGCAUGGUCAAUGAGAGCAUGCUGACUGGUGAGAGUGUGCCAGUGAUGAAGACCCCGCUGCCGGCCGGAGGAGCUCCGUACAGCCCUGACUCCCAGCGCAGACACACUCUGUUCUGUGGCACACAGGUCAUCCAGGCCAAAGGGGGGCAGCAGAGAGGGGCAGGGGCCCUGGCUGUUGUCGCACGCACAGGUUUUUUUACAGCAAAGGGUGACCUGGUCAGCUCCAUCCUCUACCCCCAACCCAUCAACUUCCGUUUCUAUCGAGACGCCAUGAAGUUCCUGCUCUUCCUGGGGGCUCUGGCACUGAUGGGGACCAUAUACAGCAUUGUGAUCCUUCGUAUGAGCAACACCCCGUGGGCCGAGCUUUUAGUCCGGGCUCUGGACAUAGUGACAAUCGUGGUGCCGCCGGCGCUCCCCGCCGCCAUGACAACGGGCACCAUCUACGCCCAGAACCGGCUGAAGAAGAACGGCGUCUUCUGCAUCAGCCCGCCUCGCAUCAACGUCUGCGGGAAAGUCUCGCUCUUCUGCUUUGACAAGACAGGCACUCUGACAGAGGAGGGUCUGGACGUGUGGGGGGUCAUGGAGGGGAGCAAGGCAGGCUUUGGGGAGCUAGUGCCCGAUCCUCGCCUGCUGCCCCCUGGCCUGCUGCUCUCCGCCCUAGCCAGCUGUCACUCUGUGGCCCUGCUGGGGGACCAGCCCCUGGGAGACCCUCUGGAGCUGAAGAUGAUCGAGUCCACGGGCUGGGAACUGGAGGAGCUGGAUGGAGGUGGCAAGGGGGGGGAUGGGGAGUUUGGAAACGUCAGAGUGCUGACGGUGAUGCGGCCUCCUUCGCCAGCGAUCCAGCCUGAAGGCAUUUCCAUCCGCGAGCCCGUGGCGAUCGUGCGGCGGUUUCCCUUCUCCUCCACACUGCAGAGGAUGAGUGUGGUGACUGUGGGCCCAGGGGGAUGUAAUGCACUCGCCUUCCUCAAGGGGGCACCAGAGAUGGUGGCCAGCCUGUGCCUGAGAGAGAGCGUUCCCGCUGAGUUCUCCGAUACUCUGCGUCACUUUGCGAGUGAAGGGUUCAGGGUGCUCGCUCUGGCCUGCAAACCUCUGGAUGGACAGAUGGACAUAAAGACCAUUGAGAGGGGGGAGGUGGAGAGAGGGCUGCAGUUUCUGGGCCUCCUGGUGAUGAAGAAUCUGGUGAAGCCGGAGAGCGCCGACGUCAUCAGCACUCUGAGACAGGCUCAGCUCCGCACCGUCAUGGUCACAGGGGAUAACAUCCUGACGGCGGUGAACGUGGCGCGGAGCUGUGGCAUGGUUUCUGCACACGAGCGUGUGAUUUUUGUGCACGCAUCGCCCCCUAUUGCCCACUCCCAGCCAUCGUUGAGAUUUCACCUGGCAGAAGGUGGGGACGGGGCUAUGCAGGGAGAACUCGAUGGUCUUUCGCAGGGUCUCUACCAGGGCAAUGUUCACUACCACCUGGCUGUCAAUGGGAAGUCCUUCUCUGCACUGUGUGACUACUUCCCUGAAUACCUGCCCAAGGUCCUGAUGAGGGGGACGGUCUAUGCUCGCAUGGCCCCGGAGCAGAAGACUCAGCUGGUCACUGCACUGCAGAAACUCAAUUACCGUGUCGGGAUGUGUGGGGAUGGAGCCAAUGACUGUGGGGCUCUGAGGGCAGCUGAUGUGGGCGUGUCCCUAUCAGAGGCAGAGGCGUCUGUUGCGUCCCCCUUCACCUCCAAGUCUGACAACAUCAGCUGUGUGCCCUUGCUAAUCCGGGAGGGGAGGUGUGCACUGGUGACGUCGUUCAGUCUCUUUAAGUACAUGGCCCUGUAUAGUCUGAUACAGUUCUGCUCCGUGCUCGUCCUUUACACUGAGAAGACAAACCUGGGUGACCUGCAGUUCCUCUUCUUCGACCUGGUGCUGGUGACAUCAUUGGCCAUCGUGAUGGGGAGGGGGGGCCCCAGCAAGGAGCUGCACCCCCAGCGUCCCCCCGCCAGCCUGCUGACCCUGGCUGUCCUGGCCAGCCUGCUGCUCCACACCGUGUUGCUCAUCCUGGGACAGGUGGCUGCCCUGCUCAUCACCCAGUCACAGGAAUGGUUUGUGCCUCUCAAUUCGACGAUGACGGGAGCGGCUAACUUGCCGAACCUGGAGGACACGGGGUUGUUUGCCGUUUCUGGCUUCCAGUACAUCAUCAUGGCUGUGGUGGUGACCAAGGGGUACCCCUACAAGAAGCCCCUCUACACCAACGCGUUGUUUGUGUUUGUGCUGCUGAUCCUGUUUGCGAUCAUGUGCUGGCUGGUGAUCUACCCCCUGCCGUUACUGCGCAGACUGCUACAGCUCUACACCGUCACCGACAUGAACUACAAACUGCUGCUGGUGUCCCUGGCUGCGCUCAACUUCUUCACCUGCUACCUGCUGGAGGUGCUAAUCGACCAAGGACUGCUGAACUGUUUCCGUGCCUUACGAGGCAAGCGGGAGUCCAAAAAGCAGUACAAGCGUCUGGAUGUGCUCUUGUGUGACACCCCCACCUGGCCCCCUCUGGACCAGCCUCUGGCCCCUCCACAGUGCUCCGUCAUUGGCUUUAGUUAAUGUCAACUGACCCACCUCUAUCCUAGAGUCUCCUCUUCAGCUGCCAUGGGCUGGGUG